AUGGACAAGGCCAGAGUCGUAGCCGCGGUCGCAUCGCCGACUCGGUCCAAGCGAGAGCCCAGGAAGUUCUGUACGAAGGAGGACUACGACCAUGCAUCCACCCUCGUAGGCGAUGCCGCCAGGAGUAGGGCAUACCUGUACCCCCUCAAGGGAAUCCUCUACUUCGCGACGCACCGCUCCCUUUGGAAGCCUCUCCUCUCUCGAAUUGGCCCUUACGCCCUACUGUCCGUCAGUGUCGUCACUGGCAUGUUUGUAUUCACCUACGUGCCGCAGUUUGCCGUUCUCGUCCUCUUCAACGGUCCGCUUGCCGUCUUCACCACCGUUCUCCUGAUUCUCAACGAGAGCUCCACCAUCAUCAACAUGAUCUCGCGCACGUACCUUCUACAAGAUGCCAUCCUCGAUACCUUUGACGGUACUCUGGUCGCCAGGGGUAGCGAUAACAUUGUCCGCGAGGGUCGACAGCUGCAGCCGGGAUCAGACCCCAUGCAGAAGCUGGGCAAGGUUCUGAAGAGCCCCUUUGAACGCUUCAGCCCCAAAGCUCUCAUUCGAUACAUCAUGUAUCUGCCCCUGAACUUCAUUCCUGUUGUCGGCACUGUUUUGUUCGUCCUCAUCCAAGCCCGAGGACGCGGCCAGAUUGUCCAUGGAAGGUACUUUCAGCUCAAACAAUGGUCCGAGUCACAGAGGAGGGAGUGGCUGAAGAAGCACACCGGACCCUACACAGCAUUCGGUCUUGUUGCCACAGCCCUCGAGCUGAUUCCCUUUGCUUCCAUGUUUUUUACUUUCACCAACUCUGUCGGUGCGGCUCUGUGGGCUGCCGAUAUCGAGAGUAAGGGCACAUCCAUGACGGACAGCACCGCCCCCACCCUUCGCGAGACGGCCAAGAAAGCCGAGUAG